AUGAAAUCACCAUCGUUUACUGAUUAUACUCAUAUAAAUAUUACUUAUUCUGAAACACUAACAUGUCCGUGUACGAAAAUCUCGAUCGAUUACAAAGAGAUCGUUCGAAUCAAUUACACAUUUCAUCAGGUUUGUUCAAGCACGUUCGUCAGUAGCAAGUGGAUUGAUUACAUCGACUCUGCUAAUGAAGGACUAGAUCUUUUUUAUAAUGACUUCCGUACAAUAUCUGUAUACGUAUUUCAAGUCUUGAAAAGCUUUUGCGAAUGGGCAAACGAAACGGUCUCACGGAAUUUGAAUGAAUUCUAUUCUAAUCAGUAUAUCAGUGCAUAUCUAACUACAUUUGAUGUAUUUCCAUCGCAAGUGAAAACAUCAGUUAGUGAAGUUCGAUCAUCAAUGAUUAAUAGAUUUCUUUUAUCAUUCUACAUUAUUCGGCAAACAACUCUUGGCAACAAUUUACUAUCUUCACUCACCACGAACUAUGUACUAGCUAUACCACCGAGAAGUACAUCCGCAGCGUCCAUGGCUCUGAAUUAUGGUGAUUGUUCCUGUGCUACGUCAGCAACAUGUAUUGAGCAGGCAUAUUUUUACAAUUAUCCGAACCCAUCACCUUCACUCUCGAUGCCAGGUAUGUAUAUUGGGUGUUAUGUGGUCGAAGCAUCAUUGCAAUCAACUCUCCAAUGUUUCUAUGAUCAGAAUUGUAUUGAUUCUACCCAGUCGUAUUUGUCGAAUCAGUCAAUAUUUCCAAUCACUGCUCUGAAUUCAUCUCUAACAAGUAAUUAUUAUGUCAAUUCAACAGUUAACGAAAUUCUCGAGAAACUGAUGAUUGAACAAUGGAACGUGUUCAUAAUGUAUGAAAACUACUACGGACAAUGUAAACCGUCGGAAUGUAGUUACACUUAUGAAACACGCAACGAUGUGAUUUUCAUAAUAACGACAUUGAUUGGAUUGUUGGGUGGUUUAGUCACAGCUCUCAAACUUGCAGUGCCAUUGUUCGUAAGUUUUGUACGUAGAAAAAAGGACGCGAAUACACAGACAAUAGUACUAACCAUCCACGAGCGAACAUCGAUUUUAUGGCAAACGAUAAAACAUUCUAUACAAAAUCUUAAUUUAUUUCCAUCCGUCCCGCCUUCAAAUGAUGAACAUCAACUCAGAAAUGAACACAUUUCAACAAGAUUAUUCGUUCUUCUCUUCGCUCUAUCGUUUACUAUUCUUCUUCUUUACAACUCUUUGAUAUGUAUCCAAAAAACAGUCACGAUGAAAUCGCCAUCGUUUACUGAUUAUACUCAUAUAAAUAUUACUUAUUCUGAAACACUAACAUGUCCGUGUACGAAAAUCUCGAUCGAUUACAAAGAGAUCGUUCGAAUCAAUUACACAUUUCAUCAAAUAUGUUCAAGUGUUUUCAUAACUGAAGGCUGGAUUGAAUAUAUUUAUGAUAAUCGUGGUGAUGACUUAUGGAGCAGAGAUUUCCGAGUAAAAGCGCCAAGUGUGUUUCUGCUAAUAUCAAAGUUUUGUGAAAUGGUAAAUCGUACAUUAACAACUCGGUUUGAUGUAUUCUAUACAAGUACAUAUACAAGGUCAUCUGUGAUACCGUAUAAUUUAUUUCAAUCAGAGACGAAAGCCGUAGUUGAGGAGCUGAAGUAUUUCACAAUUAGUAACUUGAUAUCGUCUUUAUCUCUGAUUCGACAAACUACUCAGAGCAAUUCCAUUCUUAGUGGUACACUAUCUAACUAUUUCAUGUUUAUUCUGCCGAACAAUCGCGAUAUUAGAAUUCGAACGCAGACAGAAGCGUAUGGAAACUGUACUUGUUUUACUUCAUCAUUGUGUACACAACAGUCGUACAUUUAUGGUGAAUCGACGAGUGACAUACUUUUUCUGAUACCAGGCUUUUCAAUUGGUUGCUAUGUACUUGAAGCAUUAUUACAAUCAACUCUCCAGUGUUUCUAUGAUCAGAAUUGUAUUGAUUCCAUUCAAUCGUAUUUAUCACAUCCUUCAGUAUUUCCGAUCACUGUUCUCAACUCAUCUUUUGAGAGCAACUAUUUUAUGAAUUCAACAGUUAACGAAAUUCUCGAGAAACUGAUGAUUGAACAAUGGAACGUGUUCAUAAUGUAUGAAAACUACUACGAACACUGUAAACCGUCGGAAUGUAGUUACACUUAUGAAACACGCAACGAUGUGAUUUUCAUAAUAACGACAUUGAUUGGAUUGUUGGGUGGUUUAGUAACAGCUCUGAAACUCGCAAUACCAUUAGUAGUUACAUCCAUCGCAUACUGCAUUCGAAAAUGUAAUAUGAGAAUUGUUCCAGCCACUUUAAAUCUUGAACAAAUAUAA